AUAGCUUUUAACAGGAUCGGAGAAACUAGGGUUUUGGAAUUGUGUUAUUGCACUGUGUCUGCGAGCGAGGUGAUAAGCAAGGUUUCGAAUCUCGCAGCAGUCACACAGAGACCAUGACGACGGUGGUUCCAACCUCCGAAGAAGACGCCGCCCUCUCCGUCGUCAGAUUCGCCUCCGAGCUCGCCUGGGCCGAUGCCGGUCCCGAGGUUGCUGAGCCACAAGUUAGUAGACUCUGUUUGGAGGCUGAAGAAUUCAUUGCUAUGGGAAAGUGGUUGGAGCUAGCUUCAUUGAUGAUCACUUCUGCUGAAUUGAUUUUCGCAAAGGUUUCUGAAAAAGAUGUAGAGUCCAUCUUUACUAUUAUCUGCAAUCUUGUUACAAAGACUGAGAAUCCAGAUGAGGUGAUGGAGAUUGUAAAAGUUAUAACUGCAAAGAUAGUUCAGCAGCCCAAUGAAAAGCCAGCUGUGCGAUUGAAGAUUUUGAUCAAUCUGUAUAAUCUUUUGAAGACUCCAUACUGCCAGUUUUAUGUCUACAUGAAGCUGUUGAAUUUAGCAGUUGAUGGAAAAGUCACAGAAUACAUCAUACCUUCUUUCAAAAAGAUUGAUAGCUUCUUGAAAGAUUGGAAAAUUGGGAUACCUGAACAGAGAGAGCUGUUCCUAACUGUCUCUAAUAUUUUGAAGGAAAAUAAAAGCAUGUCAAAGGAUUCCUUUAAGUUCCUCACCAAUUAUCUGGUGACUUUUAAUGGAGAAGAUGCAAAUGUUUUGAGUGAAGCCAAGGAGGAGGCUGUGCGUGCUAUUGUGGAUUUUGUGAGGGCUCCUGAUGUUUUUCAGUGUGAUUUACUAGACUUUCCUGCUGUUGGGCAAUUGGAGAAGGAUGCCAAAUAUGCUUUGUUAUAUCAGCUUCUCAAGAUAUUUCUCUCUCAGAGGCUGGAUGCAUACAUAGAAUAUCAUACUGCAAAUUCUGCGCUGUUGAAAAGCUAUGGCCUUGUUCAUGAAGAUUGCAUUUCCAAAAUGAGGCUGAUGUCAUUGGUGGAUCUCAGCUCUGAUGCAUCUGGCCAAAUUCCAUACGAAGUUAUUAGGGACACACUUAGGAUCAAUGAUGAUGAGGUGGAACUAUGGGUGGUUAAAGCAAUAACUGCCAAGUUAAUUGACUGUAAGAUGGACCAAAUGAAUCAAGUUGUAGUUGUUAGUCAUCACACUGAUCGUGUGUUCGGUCAGCAUCAAUGGCAAACACUGAGAACUAAGCUAGCGUCAUGGAGGGGAAAUAUUUCGAAUGUGAUCAGUACUAUUCAGGCCAACAAAGUAACAGAGGAUGGGUCCCAGGCAGCCCAAGGCUUGGUUGUUCGCUAAGGACGUUUUUGGCUGAAGCAUUUGUCUGAAGCAUCUAGAUUUAGUCCCAGUUUCAUAUUCUCUUGAAAGAGAGGAAAAGAUUGUAAUUUUACCUGUUGCAACUCUUCCAUUUACUUUAGUUGGCAGAAUUGUACUACCAACUUUGCGAUUUUGAUUUGUGCGGGUAUAUUUUACCGGUUGACAGUGACCCUAGUAAUCAAUGACAACUAUUGAAAGUUUAAACUA